CUCUGGGGUCGCAUGCUAGAUGCGGUGCGCUUUUUAAAUUUUAACCAUCUACCCCUCGGUGGAACCGUGGACUUUUGCUUUUAUUUUGGGUUGACGAACGUUUUUGUUCGCUCACCUGUUUUAAUGAUGUGUUUGUUCUUUGAUGUUUUGCGUUCGGUUUUUGACGUUUGAUGUUUUUGCGGACCGAGCUAAAUGUGGAUUACCUGCUUUGUUGUUGAUUUAAAAAUUAUGUGCAUGGGUCGAUGAGUCGAUGAGAGGAAAUAAAUAGCCGAAAAAGAAAAGCAAAACUUUACACACCCGUCAUAAAAGACAACAAUAAAGUCGGAAGCACACAAGUCAUAUUAAUACAUCCCGUCUGGAAAAGCACAAUAAAGAUAAAUAAACGAAAAACCACCCAAAAAGAAAAGAGUUUCCUUGCAAGAAGCAAACAUGCCACCGGUGCACUCGAGAGCCGCUCAACUCUAACAAAAGAACUGCAAAUUAAGUAAGAGACGUAACGAAGUGUGGAAAAUGAAGCUUUGGAAAGUUCUUGCGAGAAACAGUCACGUUUAUAUGAAAGGAGGUACAGCAGCAGGCGGCGAAAUCGUCCUAAAACAACAGGAAAACAGCCUGGAACUGUACGAUUUGAAAUCUAAGUCUCCCAGUUUUUCCGAUGAUUCCGGAAAACAUUCUGAUAGCGAAAAUGGCGCCCCUAGCUAUUUUAUGACUGCUGUCCAUUUGAAGAAAAAACCUGGUGAAAAUUUGGGCAUCAUUUUAUCCAGUGGAAAUUCUGAGAUAGACCCAGGCCCUGUAAUCUGCGCCCUACGCCCAGGUUCAGUAGCCUUAAACAGCGACCAAUUAGUCACCGGUGAUCGCAUAUACAGCGUGAAUGGUAUCACUACAACUCGGAUGAAACCAGAAGAAGUCACCACUCUACUGGAUAACGUGGACGGUAACGCUCUUCUAGAGGUGGAAUACUCCCUACCAAAUUACGCUUCACAGAGUUCCCUAUGUAUAACCUCGAAGGUGACGGAAGUCACCAUAGAAAGUAUAGAUGGGUCGCUGGGUAUUACACUGCGGGGUGGUGCGAUUCCAGAGCAUCAAAGCCUUAGUAGGCCGUUGGUUAUUACACAAGUGCGGCAAAAUGGACCAUCGCAUAGAAGCGGGUUAGUUCGAGUGGGUGACAGGUUACUAAAGGUGGAUCACCACUCGUUGGUGAAUAAGACUCUACUUGAAGCACAGCAGAUACUUAAAGAGAACUCGCAGUGCAGCCACGGCAUUACCUUAACGACCUUAACCAUAGAAUACGAUGUUAGUAUUAUGGAGUCUGUAAAGUAUGCUAACGGACCAUUAUUGGUGGAAAUCGACAGACAAAUAGAAGAAGACUUUGGGAUAAUAAUCACAAACUGCUUGGAUCUUGGUCCAGACGAUAUACUAGCUGCUGGGUAUUACAUAGAAAAUAUAGUACCAGCUAGUACAGCCGAUAGAUGUGGUGCACUAAAUGUAGGUGAUCAAAUACUAGGUAUUGACGAGUUGGUCUUAAAUGAAUGGUCUGGGACUCCAGCAGAUGCCGAGAGGUUGCUUCGUAGAGCAACUAAACUGCAAAUUUUGCCAUCUCAUGCCAUACAAAGGGCUGCAUCAAGAAACUAUGGAAAUUGUCAAUAUGGAAAUAGUCCUAGCGUCACAGGGUUCAGCACAAUAAAUUCAAGACGUUCCAGACAUAGAAACAGAUCCAAUCGUCAAAGUACGAUACACAAAUCGUUUGACAGUGAUUCUUGCAGUACAUAUUGCGGUUACUCAAACAAUCUUGGAGUCUCUCACUCUGAAGCCUUAAGUGUGACUUUAUGCUCAGAUAGAGGACAAGGUUUUGGGCUGGCCGUCUCAGUAGGCGAUCAUACAGAAAAUCGAUCAGCUGACAUACUAAUUUCAAGAAUAACCGUGGACUCACCAGCCUAUAGAUGUGGUUGUCUCCAGAUCGGUGAUAGAGUAGUAUCGGUGAAUCAUCAACAGAAUUUAACCCUGCAGGAAAUUCAUUCACUGCUAGAAAUAGGAAAUGAGCCAAAUAGCAAAAUUACGCUGCAAGUAGAAUUUGAUGUGGCUGAUACUAUAGUACCUUCCAGCGGUGUUUUUACAGUUAAACUAGCUAAAAGAGGGUCUGGACUUGGGAUAACCAUUACAGCUUGUAAGGCCCGUCCAGAUGAACCCUUUAUAAUCUCAGAAAUAAAACGUGGUUCCAUAGCACACAGGACUGGUACAUUACACGCUGGCGAUCGCUUAUUAGCCAUCGAUAAUCGCACUCUGGAUCAUUUAAGCCUAGAGUCAGCAUUUAAUAUUCUCCAAACUUCUACAAAUGAUAUAGUGACGUUGAAAGUGGAAAAAACUGAAACUGAAAACGCUAAUCUCUUUUUAGACAGUGUAGUGUAUACUGUUGAACUUCAUCGUUAUGGAGGACCAUUGGGAAUUACUAUAUCUGGAAGUGAAGAUUGUCUGGAUCCCAUAGUGUUAUCCAGAUUAACUGAAGGAGGGUUAGCCGAAAAAACAGGUGCACUACAUAUUGGUGAUAGAAUUCUUGCUAUUAACGGCGAAAGUUUGGAACAUAGACCUCUAUCAGAUGCUAUAAGAUUACUGCAGACUUCAGGAGACAGAGUGCAGCUAAAGAUUGCGAGACAUUUAAAAAAUAAUGAUUCUUCCGAUAGUUCUAGGUGUAACUACUCGAGUCCUGGUUUGAUGAGUGUAGAUAGUGCAAUUCACUCUUGGGACAGUAAUACAGUGGAUAAUCAAAAUGAUUGUAACACAGAUAUUCCCGAAAUAAAAGAUGUUGAAAGCGUCCUAAGCGAACCCAUAUCAUUUCAAGACGCUGAAGAGUCCACAUUAACCAAAAAGAAUAAACGCGAUUCGCAACUGCAAUUUUAUUCGGAUGCUGACGAAAUAUUUUGCCCAUCACCUUUACCAUUGCCGAACUACAACUUUACCAACACGAUAAACAAAUACGAAACUUACGGAUCUCCAACGCAUUUCAACCCUCCUAACUCCUUCAAUUCGUCAAAUUCGUUUACAGAUAGGAACUACAGUCCGGAAAAUAUUCUGGAUAACGAAGUUUACCAUGUGACGUUAUACAAAGAUUCUAUUUACGAUGAUUAUGGGUUCAGCGUUAGCGAUGGGUUAUAUGAAAAGGGGGUCUACGUUAACAGAAUACGUAAAGGAGGUCCAGCUGAUAUCGUGGGGUUGCUGAAACCUUUUGAUCGCAUCGUACAGGUGAAUGACACAAAAACGCAGGAUUUCGAUUGCUGUUUGACCGUGCCAUUGAUUGCAUCAGCAGGGGACAGGAUAGAGCUGGUUAUUGCAAGGAACCCGUAUUUAAAUUUUUCGGAAAAAGACUUGCAAGAAAACAUUUCAAAGAAAUCGUUUUCGGCCAGCCAAAACACUAUAACAAAGACUUUAUAAUUUAUUUAUUAAAACUUAAUUCCAGUUUCUAUAUAAAAAUAUUUAUUUUACUUAUAUUCGUAUAUACAUUAUUAUUCCAUAAAUACAUGUUUGAGAUACACAAUACUGUAGUUUAACUCUACUAAAAAGUGAACAACAUUAAACAAUGUUGUACACGAAAAAUAUUAUUAAAUUUAAAAAGGUACAAAGUUUAAAUAUUUAAAAUAUUUACAAGUAGGUAACUUAACAACCAAAGAAAUAUAAAGGACAAAUGAUGUUUCGGUUUUUAUGCAAUGCCCCAUAUAUUUCCCCUUAUAAAAUAUAGUCUAAUAAUUUUAUUAAACCUUUAAAAAAUAAACAAAAUAUGAUAAAUAGUUAACAAUAAUAUUUGAGCAAAAAUAUAUUAAGUUUGCUUUUGCACUUAUUUUAGUAAGCAAAUGAUUAUGAAAAUUUAUUAUAAUAUAACAUUAAAAAAAAAUAUUUUUAAAUGUCAAGACUAAUAAUUACAUAUAUACAUAAUGUAAAUUUUAUUUAAAUUAAUUUCGGAUGUAGAAAGCAUAGUUACGAUUUAUUAGCCCAAUAAAAUAUUCGAAAAUUUACUGAAGAUUUUAAGGAAAUUAAAAACUAUUUUUGACAGUUUUAUCACAAAAACGGGAUUAAGUCACUAAAAAGGGAUUGAUAAAGUCACAAAAAGGGAUUAAUAAAGUCGUAAAGCUAUUGCAAGGAUUUAUAAAGGCAGGAUAGUCGAUUUCCUAUACCUACUUGACCAUGUACAAAAACGUGCUAUACAGGCGAGUUGUGGGCGUGGUGUAGCACACUCGAUUUUUGACUGAGAAAUCACAAUUCUUUAAAUUUGAGGUAAAAGGAGCAUGGCUAUUGGAAUAAAAAGAUUACUUCACGAGGAAGCACCACAACCGGAAGUCUACAGCACGCACACAAGGAAAUUGAAUAUCCUGCCUUAGGUAUUUAAGCUUUUGAUCAGUUAAAUUUCCUAUAAACCUUUGGUUGCUUAAACAUUUUUUAAACAUAUAUACAAGGUGUCCCUAAACUUGGCAUAAAUUUAGGAAAAGAUUGAACAAGUCAAAAUAGGACGAAAACCCAAAUAAAUAUUUUUCCUAAUUACUUAUGUUUCCAAGAUACAGGGUGAUAAAGUGUUGCUUAUCAUAUCAGUUUUUUUUAAUAUAACCUCUACUAUGGUAGUCUUGGAAAGGUGAUAUUUUGCGAACAGUCACUUACUACCAAAACACAUAUUCACACACAAUUAUAAUUGUUUUGGUGAACACAGUGUCGUAGAAACGUGGGUUGCUUCAAGCUUAUUGUCCCAUACAAACUUUGAUGUUAGGUUUUUAUAACAUUUGAUGCAAUUUUUAGAUUACACAGUUAAAAAGGUGUACCUCUCAAACUUCGAUAAAAUAAACCGUUACUAAUUGUAAUAGCGCAUUAUUUAAAAGGAUUAAUAUGAUAACAAAUUUUAUGUUUUAAUUGAAAAAACUAAAAAUUCCAUGAGCCUCGGGACAUUUUGCCCUGACCGUCACAUUAAAAAAUUGUAGUAUUUUCAAUUAAAAAAUUUGUUAUCAUAUACCUUUUAAUCCUUUAAUGCGAUAUAACAAUUAUUGUAAUCUCGAAUAUCUCGGAAACGGUUUAUUUUAUCGAAGUUUGAGAGGUACACCUUUUUAAUAGUACCGAACUAAGUAAUCGAAAAAUUGCAUCAAAUGGUAUAGAAACCUAACCUCAAAGUUUGUAUGGGACAAUAAGCUUAAGCAACCCCUGUUUCUACGACACUGUGUUCACUCAAACAAUAGUAAUUAUGUGUGAAUGUGUGUUUUGGUAGUAAGUGACUGUUCGCAAAAUAUCACCUUUCCAAGUCUACCAUAGUAGAAGUUAUAUAAGUAUUAAAAAAACUGCUGAUAUGAUAAGUAACAUUUUAUCACCCUGUAUCUUUUAAACAAACGUAAUUAGGAAAAAUAUUUAUUUAGAUUUUCGUCUUAUUUUGACUUGCUUAAUCUGCUCCUAAAUUUAUGUUUAAAAAAUGUAUAUAUUCAGUGCUGCCAAAUUUAACACAAAUUUGUUGGUCCAAAAAAUCUUAACAAUCCUGUUUUUGCAUAUUAUAUUUUAAUAAAGCCAAUACUGAGUGGCAGGUUUAACAAAAUGUGGGCAUAAAAAAAUAUUUUUAAUACAAAAAAUAGUAAUUUACAACUCAUACAUUGCUUGUAUGAAUAAUACAUGGAAAGUGUUUUUUAAUUAAUAGCACAUAUUAAAUAUUAAAUAACAAGCAAACCAAAAUCAUUCACUAAUGCAAUUAAUAACACAGCCAGAAUGAUUAACUAGCCUAAUAUACAGGAUGUUUAUCAAAUUCAAGCCGCAUGAUUUUUUUCUUCCUUACGCAAUUUUUUCUAGUCCACUGUUUAAAAAAACCUAUUUUUCCAAUUCCUAGCGUUAUUUUAACUAUGUGAGACAUAGUUUUAAAGUCUCAAAUAUUAAAAUAUUUUCUGAUAUUCAACACUUUAAAAAAGCGCAAUUUAUAAAAUUCCUAUCUAAUUAUACGCAUUCAUAUUGGCACUCAAUAAAUAAUUAAAAAUUCGCCUAAAAUUCAUUUUAAAAUGUUCAUACAAACAACAAGUUAUUUCGCACUUUCGAGUUAUAGGAAAACGUGUUAUUAUUAAAACUGUUCAGAUUUCCAUUGGAAAUUCCGUUCGAAUGUUUGUAACCAUUUUCCUGGAUUAAAUGACCGUUUCGGUGUUGCAAACUAGGGUCCGUAUGAGACGGCAACAAUGGCUUGGGUUUCUCCGACUUUUUCGCAUCGUAUUUCGCCUAAAACAGGAAAUAUGAC